AUGGGGCUGUGCAGCCUCAGACCUCCAGGACAGGACAUGGAUGAAGAGGCCACCUGCUCCAUCUGCCUGGAGCUCCUGCAGGAGCUGGUGACCAUAGGGUGUGGGCACAACUUCUGCCGAGCCUGCAUCACCAAAUACUGUGAGGACGCUGUCCGUGGCUCAGGCGACGCCGUCCCCUGUCCCAGCUGCAGAGCAGAUUUCCAGAUUGGGAGCUUCCGGCUCAACAUGCAGCUCAAAAACCUGGUGGAGAAGAUUAAAGAGCAAAGUCUGAAACCAGGAAAGGAGCAGAGGUCAACUCAAUGCUUGGAGCAUGAGGAGAAACUCAAGCUCUUCUGUGAGGAGGAUGGGGAAGCCAUCUGUGUGAUCUGCAGGGAGUCCCAGGCUCACCGGGGUCACACAGUGCUCCCCAUCCAGGAGGCUGCCAACAAUUUCCAGGUAGGUGACACCACUGACCUGAGAGAGCCCAUUGCACAGACACACACUUACCUGGCAGGAGAGAUAAACAAGGUAAAGCGACAGAGAGAGGGAAUCAAGGCUGAGUGCAAGAAGCUGCGUUGCUUUGCGAGCGAGGAGGAGCAGUGGCUUCUGCAGAGACUGAAGGAGGAGGAGAGGGAGACUCUGCGGAGCCUGAAGGCGAACGUAGCCCAACUCUCCCGGCAAAGCUCCUCUCUGCGCACGCUGAUCUCGGAGAUAGAGGAGAAGAGCUGGCAGACACCUGCUGAGCUGCUGAAGGAUGUGAAAAGGACCUUGGACAGGGGCCGGUGGGGACGUCCUGCUUUCCUGUUCCCCCAUUUCCUGUUCCCCCUCGUCCUGUCUGAGGAUCGGAAAUGUGUGAGACACGGAGACACCCGACAGGAUCUGCCCGACACCCCCGAGAGAUUUGACCCUUGUGUCUGUGUCCUGGACUCGGAGGGGAUCACGGACGGGAGGCGCUACUGGGAGGUGGAGGUGGGAGACAAGACGCGCUGGACUCUGGGCAUGUGCAGGGAGUCUGUGCGCAGGAAGGGGAAGGUCACAUGCUCGCCUGGCAAUGGAUACUGGGCCGUGUGGCUAAACGAUGCAGGAUACAAGGCCCUCAUCUCCCCCUGGACCCCGCUCCCCAUGCGCGUGCGGCCCAGGCGGGUGGGGGUUUUCCUGGACUACGAGGGGGGCGAGGUCUCAUUUUACAACGUGACCGACAGGUCCCAUCUCUUCACUUUCACUGACACCUUCUCCGGGACCCUGCGCCCUUUCUUCUAUCCUGGUCUCAGUGUUGGGGGCACCAACGCGGCUCCCCUGACCCUGUGCCCGGUCCCAGCCCAGCCCUGAGGGAAUCCCUGUCCCUGCCAUGACCCGCGGGGGGCACAGACUGUCCCCUCCCCGCGCCCCGACUGCCACCCCUCGGUGCCCCCUGCUGGGAGGGACCCACUCCAAACUCUCAUUCUUCACUAAUAGAUCCCUGGAGUCCCUUGGGGG